AUGAAUCAAUCCGUUCCUGCACCCCUUGCUGAUACAAAACAAUAUAUUGAUUUCAUUCAUUAUCUUCAAUAUGGAGUUCAAGCAGAGAUGCGUGCUAACUGCAAUUAUCGGAAAGAUUCGCAUUUGAAUUCAGAUGGAGUAACAAUUAUUAGACAUUACUGUAGAUGGGGAAGUUGUAGUGCUAACUUUACCUUUGAAAUGAAAUCUAAUCAAUACAGAUUUGUAACUGGACAUCAUUUUCAUAAUCAUGUUGGUGAACCACCGUCUUUUAAAUAUAUACAUAUAUAA